CGCCAUUUUGGCGCAAGCCAACCCAGAGAGCGGAUGCAAUUCUCUGCCCUGAACUCUGUAAAGAACGUAGCUUCCUCUGUCACUUUGUCAGAGCACAACAAUAUGACUGCGUCUGUGGUUGUACGGAGACUGGCAGCUCUGUCGGGGGCUUCUGCAGUCGCAGCAGGCGCAUACGGAGCUCAUGGUUUCAAACAGAGUGACAGUGAUGAUUACCAGAGAGAAUUGUAUGAAACAGCCAACAAGUACCACUUCUACCACAGCCUGGCCCUGCUUGGGGCAGCGCACAGCAGCAAACCAGCCGUGGCUGGCACACUCCUGUUGGCGGGCAUGGGCAUGUUCUGCGGUGCCCUCUACCACCAGGCGCUGACGGGGGACCCAGGCAUGCGCAAGGUGGCGCCUAUGGGCGGCAUGGCAAUGAUCGCUGGCUGGCUGGCUAUCGUCAUCUGACUUCUGACCCUCCUCUCCUUCCUAUAUGGUGGAUGAAGGAGACUCACUGAUAGGUUACGAACUGUUGAAUGUACAGCGGGGUGAUAGUGGAGGAGGAGGGUGGGUGGAGCAGAAAGAAUGAGUUAUCUGGAUACUCCUUGUUUGUGUCACGGGGGUGUUCAGACGUGAUUAGGCUGUGAUGUCACUUGCUGUUCUUCAUGACUUUCAUUGUCUCUUAUGCUUGACCAAUGUGAGAGAGCCAUCACAAUAUCUUCUAUGAUGUUCUUGUGUGUGAAGAUUUAAGAGGGAAUACUUGACUUUUUGAAACAAUAAACAAGUUGAAAAGAG